AUGUACCUAACUGCUACAAGACCAGACAUCAUGUCUGCUGUUAGUCUUGUAAGUAGAUAUAUGGAGUGCCCAACUGAAAUGCAUCUCUUAGCUGUGAAGAGAAUUCUUCAUUACUUACAAGGAACCAAAGAUUUUGGAAUUUUCUACACGAAGGGAGAAAAGGCAGAUUUGAUUGGCUUUACUGAUAGCGAUUAUGCAGGAGAUCAAGAUAGUAGAAAGAGCACUUCAGCUUAUGUCUUUAUGCUAGGCACAAUGGUUGUAUCGUGGUCUUCCAAAAAGCAAACAGUUGUCACAUUAUCAAGUACAGAAGCUGAAUUUGUAGCUGCUACAGCUUGUGCUUGUCAAGCUAUUUGGCUUAGGAGAAUCCUUAAAGAGUUGCAAUUCAAGAUGGGAAGUGCUACUAUGAUAUUUUGUGACAACAAUUCCGCAAUCAAGUAG